CGACAAUCUUGUGUCCUCUUUCUUCAUUCCAUCUCUUGAAGAAUCUAUUUUAUCUCCUUUCUCGCACAUAAACACGGAUACACAAAAUGGACGACGGAUCGCAUGCAAUUUAUCUAUCUAUGGUCGAUGAAUGUCUUUGCUUUGUUUGUGACUUAUCGGUAACAACUGUAGAGGGUUGCAUGAACUUGUUUUCACAUGCAAUUCCUCUUUCUCUUUCUUUGCCAUGUUUUUAUACUAUGUAUUUCUAUUUGAGGUCUCAAAAGCCAAGAAGGAACGAAUGCAAGCAAACAAGCAAGCGGAAAGGAUAUAUUCUUGUGGCAUAUUUAAAUUUCUUUUCUUUUUUCUUUUUGUUUUCUUUCUCUCUCAGGGUGUUAGUAAGUGGCGUCUCACUAGGUUGUUAAUGUAGAUGAGAUGGAAUAUGUAAGUGAUGGAUUGUAGUAGUAAGUAGAUGAUACACAUAAUACAGCGAUAUAAAGGGAUAAUCUGUCCAACGAAACAACCAUGCUUCUCGGAUAUGAUAUGAAAUG